AUGGCCAAGGGAGAGAGCCAUAUCGAGGUGGACCCGCGCUCGGGCGAUCCUGCAACAGUGGAUGUCCCCGAAAAGGCCCCCAUCGCACUCGAGGAGGAGCCAGCCGCUGCCUACCUCCGCGUGCACAGCGAGUGGGCCGACUACGAGCCAUCAGAGGCUGGAGCGGUACUCCGCAAGAUCGACUGGCGCCUCAUGCCGCUCAUCAUCGGCACCAUCACCAUUGCAGCGGUUGAUAAAAUCCUCAUCUCCAAUGCCGCACUGUACGGCAUGACGACGGACACGCAUCUGGUCGGCCAGCAAUACAGUUGGGAAGUCCCGGUGGGCAAGACUGUCGGGGCUGCCGUUGUUGUCUGGGGUAUUCUCGUGAUGUGUCUUGGCGCCGCUCAGAACGCGGCGGGCCUCAUGGUGCUUCGUUUUCUUAUGGGUGUCUUCGAAGCGCCUCUGUUUCCAGCUGUCACCAUCCUGAAUACCAUGUGGUAUAAGAAGCAGGAGCAGCCAGUCCGCAUGGCUAUCACCUUCAUGGCUUUUUCCAGUCUGGUCACUGGUGUCGUCUCAUAUGGCAUCGGUAAUGCUCAGACCGCCAUCGCUUCCUGGAGGCUGCUAUUCCUGGUAGUCGGAGGAUUCACUCUCCUCUGGGGAGUAGUGCUGCUCCUUUGGCUGCCUGACUCGCCGCUGAAGGACAACUUUCUCAAGGGCAAGGACAAAUUUAUCGCGCUUGACAGAGUGCGCGAAAACAUGACUGGGGUGGACAAUCAGGAACUCAAGUGGUACCAAGUCCGGGAAGCGUUCACGGACUACAAGACGUACCUUCUCUUCGUGUUCUUUCUAUGCAUGAAUGUCCCCACUGGAGGACUUGUUACCUUUGCGGCGCAGAUUGUGUCCGGCCUAGGUUACGGCAAGCUCGAGACUACGCUCCUGGGCAUGCCUACUGGUAUGGUGCAGAGCUUCGCGGGACUCAUGGUCGCUAUUCCCCAGAGAUGGCUGAAAAACAAGCGUUGCAUCUCCGCGGCGCUCUGCUGUCUUGUCCCGCUGGCCUGUUCUAUUCUUAUCAGAAUGCUUUCGAGCGGGAACAAGGUUGGCCGCCUCCUUGCUUACUACUUCUUUUACUUUUUCUGGGGUCCUUAUGCCACUGUUCUUUCGUUGCCCAUGGCGAACGUAUCCGGCCACACCAAGAAGCUCACGAUCAAUGCAACCGUCUUCCUGGCCUACUGUAUUGCCAACAUCAUCGGCCCUCAGGUUUUCAUUGCCGCCGAGGCACCGAACUAUACAACCGGCUACAACGCUAUUCUGGGCUUCGAAAUCGUUGCUAUUGCCAGUCUGGCAGCAUAUGCUAUUGGCUGCCGUAUUGAGAAUAACCGUCGUGACGAGGCUGACGGGAGUGGCGUGUCUGUUUCGAUGGAGGAGCAGCUAGGGGAUUUGACCGACUACUAG